AUGCGUAAUCAAAUCAUCGCCAUUCUUGUUUCUCUUCUUCUCUGUGGUACUCUUUUGAUUUCGGCUAAUCCUGCUGCAUCUGUUCAAGAUCAACGUCGUGCUAUAUCAUUUCCAAAUACUUUUCAUUUACCCAAUUCAUUCUGUGUUCCAAUGCUAUGCUUCGCUCCAUGUUUUUGUGGAAGUCGACUUGAUUCACGCGGAUGUGGUACAUGCAAUUGUCUUCUAUGUGAUGGUAGUUCAUGGUCAUUAGCUUAA